AAAUACCAGUCGGGUUGAUAUGUAGCAGGAACGAUGUUGAUCGCAAUUCUGUUCCCGUGUCUUCGCCGCAAACAGCUCUUUGCUGUGCUGUUUAGCGUCCUCGUGCUUACCCAAGAUGUCCUUGGUCAGUCUACGGCAGAGAAAAGCAGAAGAAAGCGCUACAAAAGCUCAUUCGAAGGUCUCUUUAAAGGAGCGAGAGAGAUAAUCAAAAGCAUGACCUUAAUGGCUGAUGUGAAAGACAAGGAACUCCAGACGACAGCGCAAAAGGCUCUCCAAUUCGCUAAAGCUAAUCCUGGUAAAAUUGCUCUUGCUGUUGCGACAGCAGCCUCCUCGUGGCUUUUAAACGAUAGCAUUACAAUCGGAUUCGAAAUCGAGGGAUUUUUCGACGAGGUCCAUGAGCUAAAAGGGCAAUUCAAUAAAUACAAAAUGUACCAAGGCUUCAGGAAGUUUUCAAGAAACUGCAAAGCAAAGAAAGCUUGAGCCAUGAUCAGCUAAAGGGAAAUAUAGCCAAGGAAUUGAAUCAGUACUACAAAGAUCUUCAGAAUAUCAUCGACACAGUAAUGGAGAUCUUAUAUGACGUCAACACCACUAAGCUCGAUGCAGUCAUCAAUGCAGCCUUGUCUGGUGCUAUAGCUGUUGGUGCAGCCACUGCUUUGAUAGCUGGGGGUCCUGUGGUCUUGUCUUCAGGAAUGUACACUGCAUUCUGUAUGGCCGUUGGAGGCAUUAGUUCAGCUGGUACAACACUAUCACUGAAGAAUGCCCAUGACCUGAAGAGAGUCGAGGAGAAACUGAAAACUCUAAAGUCGGAGGUUAUGGAGCUUCGGAACCUGGUGAAUGAAAGGAUGAGGGAUAUCCUAUUGUUCGUGUGAAGUAAUGUCGCCAUAGUGAUAGGUGUCAUAACAUUUGGCGGCCAACCUCACUGAAAACACUUCUUUGUAGACUAACAUUUGAUGGCGUUAUUAGGGGCACAUUAUGGGGCUUUGUAGACUAACAUUUGAUGGCAUUAUUAGGGGCACAUUAUGGAGCUUUGUAGACUGACAUUUGAUGGCAUUAUUAGGGGCACAUUAUGGAGCUUUGUAGACUGACAUUUGAUGGCAUUAUUAGGGGCACAUUAUGGAGCUUUGUAGACUGACAUUUGAUGGCAUUAUUAGGGGCACUUUAGGGGAAGGGGGCUACGGGUCUGUUUAGGCUAUAACUGUAACCGGAAUUUCAGAGAGUUUAGUCCGUGCAGGCAUACAAAUCUGUAAUAAAGAGUCACCCCUCGUCCGAGCUUUUCUGAUUAGUAAUAGCUACCGUCAAUGCUGUACACAGGGAAACGCUGGAAACCAUUUGUUAUAAUUAACUGAAACUAUACUAUACUCAUUCAUUCCUCAGGGCCAUAGCAGGAGGUGGGGCACUCCCCCAAUAAUUUACAAAAACUAUAAGGAAAGGACCCCCCCCCAAUAUUUUAUUAACGUUUUUGUAUUGUGCCUCCCUCAAGCCGAUUUUGCCAUUAGGCUUGCAUCUAUUUUAUACAUAAUUAAGACACUAAAUAGUCAUUUAUGGCAGAAAAGAUCAAAGAAAACCAAAAGGCUUUUAUAGCGAAUGAGCUUCCCAUAAAUAAAACGAAUAAAUUUCCAUGCUAAGAGUAA